AUGGCGAGGGAGUCAUACCGUUUUUCACUGAUGCCUGCGUCCCCUACCAAAACUGUCAUCUCCACAACUGCCACGGUUGAUCAAAUCACUGCAGAACUUUACAAGUUGCAGACGACGCAAACUGGAGUCUCCGUUGUCCACAUGACAAUCGAACUAUGCUCUAAGCUAUUUGCCAAGGCAAAAGAGAUUGGAAUGAUGCUGGAGUUGCAUUAA